AUGGGGUACACAAGCGCGCGUACCCUUCCGGAAUCUUCAUCUGGGUCACGCCGUUUUGGUGCCUUUAGCAGAUGUUUUGGUGCAUCAAUUCCUAUCUAGGAGUCUAGGUAGCUGCAUGCGUUAUAUCGAAAAUGACAGCCCUAUAUAUAAUACGCGGUGUGUAUCCUCAGGCUGGCUGUACCAGCCUCAUUGGAAUAGGUCAGCGGUUAGUCAGGCGCUGCUAUAGUACAUUGCACGGUCUCAGCUCUCAUCUCACACAUAUACCUUCGGAAAAUAAAAAGCAUGUUCUUCAAGUCGUCAAAUCUAAGUUCUUGUGUAAAGUCGUAUUGAAUAAGCCUCUGCGAUGCUCUAUCCCAAGGAGCUUCAGUUCAUCAGCUGCUGUGUGCUCUGAUCAUGGAAAGCUGAUCUACACCGGGAACCUAGGAAAGGCUGUGCUUGGGGUUAAGUUCUUCUCCUACUCCAGCAGCAUGUUUAGCAUCUGUGUGACACCCUACAUCCUGCUCAAAACGGGCCUUGGGGUGCAGAGCCUUCCCCUGCAGGUGGCGUUCUUCAGCAUCAUCGGAAUGUUCACUUUCCUGACCCCGGUGCUGCUCCACCUGAUCACAAAGGGGUAUGUGUUACGGCUGUAUCAUGACCGCGACACGGACACUUACGCGGCUGUGACGUACAGUGCUCUCCUGGUGGAGAAGACCACGGUGUUUCACCAGCGGGAUGUGAAGGUGCCUGAUGUCAGCAAGAUGUUUACUACCUUCUAUGCCAAGAAGAAGUCCAUGCUGGUGAACCCCGUGCUGUUUAUGUUGCCCCACGAUUACAACCACCUCAUGGGCUAUGACCAGCCCUUUACUUUUGACGUGGAGGAGCUCAAGAAGCCAGACAACAGCUGAGACCACGGCAGCAGCCUUCGUAUGAUUUCCCUUAGGGGCUGACAGAAAUUGAGACUUGUGCAUGAAGCAGGGUGGUGAUGAGGACAAGAAAGAAAAAAAAAACUUUCUGUGCUAGUGAGUAGUGGUGCUAGUGUGACAUGGAGCAGUACAGUUGAGACACAUGAUGAUGUAAGUCACGGUCGGUCCUCUUUCUGGUUAUCCUUCUAUGGACCAAGCUACAAUGCUGUUGCUUUCUGGAGAUGCUCAGCUCUGUUUUUCUGUCUCAGUGAAUGCGGAAUAAGUAAAGUAAAUAAUUCAGUUUUA